CGUGUUGGUCUGCAGCAUGGCGGCGGUGUCAUAUGAACACACACAGAUUCACACGGGCUAAACUUAGCUCUGCUACACACAGAAGGACACACAACGCUCCCAAAAACACACACCGCACCGAGUUUUACUGCAAAGUUUAAUCCUGUAAAGUGGAGAAAAUCACCUGACUCAGGACUUCGACUUGUUUAGAUGAUUUACUCUGAGGACAUGAAGACGUCUCUCUGACUCAGGAGGAAAUGUCACUGCUCAAACAUUUUAAUGCUCCACAUCUCGGAUUUUUUCAUAUAUAAAUCGAUUAUAAAGCCAUUUUGAAAAUGUCACCGCAGGUCCGAUCACUUUGGGCUCUUUGCUUCAUUUUGAUGUUUGCACGGUGGUGUGAUGGUAGCUGUGCUGAGGUGGACUCCAUGACUGAGGCGGUGGUUGGACAGGGCUUCCUGUUGGGUUGUAUCUCCUGUAAGAGGAGGGCGGAAGUCGUCGGCGCUGCUACUGUGGACUGGCACUUUAAACCCACCGGAGGAGACGAGUUCUUCCAUAUCUUCCAUUAUGAUUACCCGACCUCCACCAUCAUGCAUGAGGACUUCAAGUCUCGACUCGAGUGGAGUGGAACUAAAGGAACGGCGGAUCUCCAGAUAGGAGCCAUUUACAUCCAAAACGUCACUUUUAAUGACACUGGCACUUACACGUGCACGUUUGAGCGCACGCUCUUCCUCCCGCUUCAUAAUGAACACGUGAUCAUCAAGAAAACAGUGGAGCUCAUCGUCCUGGCAGAAGCCAGUCGCGAGUUGACGGCGGUGAUUUCAGAGAUCAUGAUGUACGUCAUCAUCGUUUUUCUGCAGCUCUGGCUGAUCGGUGUGCUGAUUUACUGCUACAAAAAAAUCUAUGCUGAAAAUGAAGAUCGCGAGGCAAGAAAAGCUCUGCGUGCAAAAAACAAACUAAUUGACUCGAAGGACACUUGUGAUGGAGUUCACUUGGAGUAGCUGCAGCGGUCAGUGUUUUUAUUAAUACUCUAUCAAAUGUAUUUAUUAUACAAGACUUUUUUCCUUUAGUUCUAAUUGAGUGUUUUUUUUUUUUUGUCGUUUUCAUAGCACUACUGAAUUCUGGACGUUUUGCUGCUUACAAGAUGAACUAACUUUAAAGUCUUAAACAUCAAUAAAGAGUUUAUUUAUAUUUAUAUCUAGUUUACUUCUAGUUUGUAAGUGAACGUGUUUAUUUUAAUGCUAGUUUGUAAAUUAGUCUAUUGACCUUAAUGCUAGUUUGUACAUUAGCAUGUUUACUGAGAUGCUAGUUUGAAAGUCUAUUUACUCUCUGGUUAAAAGUUACUUUAUUUAGUCUGUGUACUUUAUCGAUAGUUUGUACAUUUGCAUCUUUGAUUAUUAGUUAUGCUAGUUUUUAAAUUAGCCUUUUUAUCUGUAAUGCUAGUUUUCAGUUUUGUUUACUUUUUGACGUGUGUUUGUAUGUUAGCAUGUUUACUGUUAUAUUAGGUAGGCCAUCUAGUCCAUUUAGACGUGUGAUCAUUUGUAUGCUGUUAUAAUUAUUUUAGUGCACAGCCAAAUGAACUGAGUUUCACUCAGAAGGACUGCAGGAAAGUUAGCUAUGUUAUGUAGCAUGUAGCUCAGGAUCAGCUGAAAUUAUAAUUUACUGCUUUUCUGCACAUUGUGACUAAAACACCAACAAUAAAACACCACUUUAUUCACCUUAUCUGUGAAGAUCUGAAUAAAUUAAUGUGUUUCUCAGAUGAUAAUAAACACCGGAGAAAUGUUAGAAAUGGCUUUUAAUGUUUUUGGGUUUUUUAAUUUUUUUUUUUUAAUUAUUAUUUUGUAUUUGAUUUACAUUUAAUUUACUAAAAAAAUAAUGUUUUUA